CAGCUGAUCUCAAUGCCGCACGCCUAGGCUGGUAGUGGCGCGACUCUGCGCUGGAGCGCCACCGUCUCGAUGGCGGGAAAUUCAAAUUUGCGGGCUUUUUCCUCAUGCGGGUUUUACAACUCAGUGUUCGAUCAUCGCUCAUAGCUUCUUUAUUCUGUGCUUUCCAUUGAGUUCAAAUGUUGUUUGAAAGUUUUCAUAUGUGACUGAUGAAACAUCAGAAUACUUCCUUAUUUCAGGUUCAUUUUAGGUCUAUUUUACUGGAUCAUAUUCGAUGCAUCAAACAGCCCAAAGCGGUAUUUUUCACAUGUAUGGACAGUCGGAUGAUACCUACAAGAUUUACUGAGACCAAUGUAGGAGACAUGUUUGUCGUCCGUAAUGCUGGUAAUCUCAUUCCUCACUCUCAACAUUUUCUCGAUGAACUCACUACAAAUGAACCAGCCGCUUUGGAGCUUGGCUGUGUCGUCAAUGAUAUCCGACAUAUUAUCGUCUGCGGCCAUUCGGAUUGCAAGGCCAUGAACCUGUUACAUGCAUUACAAGACGUAGAUUUUGCAAGCAAAGAAAAUCGACGAAUCUCACCUUUGCGAGCCUGGCUUUGUACUCAUGCCAUGUCAUCCUUAGAAAAGUACCAACAGUUACAAGUUGCCGGUUUCCAUACCCCCCUGAUAUUUCAAUCAGAAACUCCUCUCAGAAAGUUUGUCGCCUACAUAGAUCCUGAAAAUAAAUUUAGUGUCGAAGAUAAGUUAUCGCAGAUCAACUGCUUGCAGCAGCUCCAAAAUAUUGCAAGUUAUGGGUUUCUAAAGAAGCGACUCGAAAGUCAUGAUUUGCACAUUCACGCUCUUUGGUUCGACAUCUACACAGGAGAUAUCUAUUACUUCAGCCGCCAGAACAAGAAAUUUGUAGAAAUCAACGAAAUGACCGUCGAUAUGUUAGAGCAAGAAGUACUUAGGUUCUACUCCUAGCAGUUUGCAUCUUCUAAAGGCGCUUUGCCACAGCUUUUUAUCUGUGAUUUUUUAUAUUUAUAGUCCAGAACUCUGUGCUUAAACUUUGAUAUAUUUAUUAUUGAUUGAUUUUUACACAAUGUCCCUAGAGCAUUUAAACUAGAGAAAAGAGGCUUACGUCUAAUUCAUAUGCGUAGUGAACAAUUUCAUUGGAAUCUGAAAUGGUGUCAUAUUAUUAUUUGACUAAAAUCAGAGCAGAUUAAUUAGAAGAGUCCAAGCCAAAUAAGUUUACGUUUUCUCAGACUGCGACUGAGCUACAGAAGAUCGUCUGCCGUUACUUUAGUGUUGAAAGUAAUUGGAAGAACCAAGAUAAGGGAUCUUCUGACGUAGUCUGAAAGUGCGCAAAUUUAUUUGGCGUGGACCAUCUAACCUCGAAAUAGUCUUAAUCAUGUUUUUGUAGAAGAUAAGUUUUGAUACUAGGGCCCUUCUUUAACAUUCCCUAUUUCUGUUCUUAUACUUAUUUAUUAUUUGUUUAUUUUCUAAAUGCUUUUCCUUGGUUAUAAGAAAAAUUAUUAUUAUUUUUAUCUGCAAUUUUAGCAAAUAAUGCUUAAAGUUUAAAAACUCUAUUUUUGGUAGACCAUAAGUUCAUUUUUUACGAGCAAUAUACUACUCCUUACUCCCUUUGAACGCCACAAGUACUUAAGAUCACACCAGUCCUGACUCAAAGGAUCUCAAUUCAAAUUAUAUGGUCAAUACUUUUUUCUAUAAAUAAUAACUUCAAAUCGCGCAUUGCCUGAAUUGUGUCCCCAUGCUGAAGGAAAAUUUAACUAGUUAGAAAGAACGUCGAUAAUUUUGUGUUCACAAAAUAAAGUAAUCAUAUAUGCUAAAGUUUAGAUAGACUUACCCUCUCAUUAAAGUUACCAUCCGUCAUCACUAUCAAUUCUGAGAAUUUUUUUUAUCCUUAUGCAUUAUUUAAUUUCAUACUAUCUUUUUUUGUAUGUGUGUACGAGAAAUUUAUCAAGGUAAUGAUUUCCUGGAAGCUUGUUACUCUCCAUCUCUUUUUAGAUGGCAUUAUUUCACCUUUUAGUUGGUUCUUUUGUUUAGAAAAAAAAUUAUACUUCUUUCUUCGAGCUCAGUUGAUUUCCAGGUAUCUGUUACUGAUGUGUAUGGCACACUUAUAUGGAGAAGGAAAGAUCCUUGAGUGUUUUUCUUUUUUAAGUCAUUUUUAUAUUAUUUAUACGUUUGUUUUUGCUCCGGAUUGUUUUAAACAUAGCUUUUAUAGGUAGAUGAAAUUUUGAAUUUUUACUUUCCUUGUGUUAACACACAUGGAAGUCACUCUGGCUAAAAGCAGUUAAAAUACUCGUAUUUGCUGUGGACAGCAGUGACGUGGCGACCGUGGCGUGCUUUGCGAUAUAUUGAUAUUUCCCCAUUUGAAGCUGUGGUAAAUAAUCGAUUAUUGAGGUGUUCGCUGCGAACACCCUGUUAAUCGAUACUUUUUCAUGGGUUUAAAUGACCGAUCAAUCGAUAAAUCGCAAAGCACGCCACGCCACUGGUGGGCAGGUGAAAUUAACGAAAAUCGACGCAGAUUCUACAGACGACACUUAGCAAUGAGGAACCUCUAAAAGGGGUGUGAAUCCGUUUUCUUUGAAAGAAAGAAGAAAAGAAAUGUUGAAAAUUAGCAAUAAUCAAGCUAACUGUUCGUAAUUCUAAAAUAUUGCCAAUUUAUUGUUAUCUUUUUUAAUGAUUUUAACUUUUAUUGUUUUGCACAUGUGAUAAAAAACUCUAUUAAAACGUACUUAAAAGUCAA